AUGCCUUCUGCAAGCACAGCAGUCGCCGUUGUGGGUUUGGCAUGUCGUUUUCCCGGUGAUGCUAGCUCCCCAUCAAAGUUCUGGGAGUUGCUGAAGAAUGGAGGAGACGCCUACUCGCCAAAUUCAAGCAGAUGGAACUCUGACGCUUUCUACCACGCAAACAGCUCCCGUUUGAACACCCUACCCACCAAAGGGGGGCAUUUUCUGAAGCAAGACCCUUAUGUGUUCGAUGCGGCUUUUUUCAACAUAACAGCUACGGAGGCCGCCGCAUUAGAUCCGAAACAAAGAAUGGCAAUGGAACUUGCAUAUGAGGCGUUUGAGAACGCGGGCAUGUCUCUUCAACAUGUUUCAGGCACCCAGACUGCCUGCUAUAUCGGUUCGGGUAUGUCCGACUAUCGAGGAGCGGUCGAGCGUGACUUCAUGCACUCUCCAAAAUAUCAUCUCCUCGGGACAAGCGAGGAGAUGAUUUCCAAUCGCAUCUCUCACUUCUUCAACAUUCAUGGCCCUAGUGCAACAGUCCAGACUGCCUGCUCGUCAAGUCUUGUAGCUACCCACCUGGCUUGCCAAAGCAUUAGGUCCGGAGAGUCAGAGAUGGCCAUCACGGGAGGCGUGAGCCUUAUCUUGACUCCUGACUUUACCACACAUCUCAGUAACUUGUCUUUUCUCAACCCCGCGGGCCAUUCAAAGACAUUUGACGAGACUGCGGGCGGGUAUGGUCGGGGCGAGGGUGCCGGAAUCAUCAUCUUGAAGCGCCUUGACAAGGCAAUUCAAGAUGGAGAUACCAUCCGCGCCAUUAUACGGGGCACCGGUGCCAACUCAGACGGGUUCACACAGGGAGUGACAAUGCCGUCUCUAGAAGCCCAGGCAGCUCUCAUUAAGUAUGUUUACGAGUCCAACGGGUUGGACUAUAACUCGACUCAAUACGUUGAGGCUCAUGGUACCGGAACCAAAGCCGGAGAUCCAAUCGAAGCAAAAGCAAUUUAUAGCACUAUCGGGAAGGGGGCGUCCAAACCGCGCAAGUUGUGGAUAGGAAGCGUAAAACCUAACGCCAACGCAAAUCAGAUCGGCCAUCUCGAAUCAGCUGCUGGUAUAGCAGGAAUCAUUAAAGGCAUUCUAUCCAUAGAGCACGGUCUUAUCCCACCAAACAUCCACUUCUCGAAGCCCAAUCCUGCUAUUCCUUUCGACGAAUGGAAUGUUGCUGUCCCAGUCAAGUUGAUGCCUUGGCCUGUUGCCCAUACCAAGCGGAUGAGUAUCAGCGGGUUUGGCAUGGGUGGAACCAACGGACAUGCGGUCCUGGAGGCGUACAACGCCGCCCCCUCGGUCAACGGACAUGUGAACCUCAACGGCUUUGCCAUAACCGAGAAGCACCGCAGCGCGAAAAGACUCUUCGUCUUCAGUAGCCAUGACCGCGCCGGCUUCAAACGAAAUGCCGAUGCGCUGGUUGAACAUCUGAAUAGCCUUGGUCCAGCAGCAAUGAGUCCGCUGUAUCUUGCCAAUCUGGCCCAUACCCUCUCAGGGGCGAGAUCAAGUCUCUCAUGGAGAGCAACUUUUUCUGCAGAGACUACGAAAAUGCAACCAGGAAUGCCAGUGACAAAGAUCAACGAAUCGGUUUCGUCUUCACAGGACAAGGUGCUCAGUGGGCUCGUAUGGGCGGUGGAGAUGCUAGAACGCCCUGUCUUUAGGGACUCGGUUGACCAAUCUGCCAACUUCCUUCGAGAUAUGGGUUGCCCCUGGGAUCCCAUCACUGAACUUAACAAGACACAUGACUCCCGCCUGGCCCAGCCCGAGAUUAGCCAGCCUAUAUGCUCAAUGCUCCAGAUUGCUCUGGUAGAUGAAUUAAAAUCAUGGGGGGUAACGCCUUCAAAAGUGGUCGGGCAUUCUAGUGGUGAAAUCGCAGCGGCGUACAGCAUAGGAGCUUUGAGCCACAGGGACGCCAUUGCAGCAGCUUACUUCAGGGGUGUGGCAUCUGCCUAUCUUCGGGUUAAUGCACCACAUAUCAAGGGUGGCAUGAUGGCUGUGGGCUGUUCGCGAGACGAAGCAGACAGUGUGAUUUCCCAGUCUAAGCUCGAUGGUGCUACCGUUGCCUGCGUCAACUCACCUUCGAGCGUUACCCUUUCGGGUGAUGUCGAUGCACUUGAACAGCUCCAGACUAUCUUUGAGGAGCGCAAAGUGUUCGCCCGGCGACUUAAGGUGGAAAUGGCUUACCACAGUAGUCAUAUGAACAGGGUCUUCAGCAGUUACGCUGCAUCCAUUUCCGACAUUGAGCCCAGACAAUGUCAACAAAACCAAGGUGAAGGUGAAGAGAAUAGUAGCCGGACGCAAAUCAUGGUGUCCAGUGUUACUGGCCAGGAGGUAGAACCUGAGCUUCUAGGGCCAUAUUAUUGGGUUCGCAACUUGGUUUCACCCGUCCUAUUUUCAGAUGCACUGAAGGAGCUUGUCUCCCCAGCUGAAUAUGAUGCCAAACAUAAUAUUAGCAACAAGUCAGUAGACAUUCUGAUUGAAAUAGGUCCCCACAGUGCCCUUGGGGGGCCUGUACAGCAGAUUCUCGAUCAUCAUGGCAUCGAGAAUGUUGCUUAUAAGUCCAUGCUUACGCGCGGAAAAAGCGCACUUGACACGAGUCUGGAGCUUGCAGCAGAGCUGUUUCUCGCGCGUAUAACGCUUCACAUUUCAAAGGUUAACGGCGACUUGCAUACUCGCCGCCUAAUGGACCUUCCCCCAUACCAAUGGAACCAUUCCAAGGCUUUCCAUCACGAGACUCGCAUUCAGAAGGAGCUCAUGACUCGCCAAUUUCCAACCAAAAGCCUUAUUGGCGCCAAGGUCCCGAUGAUGGAUGAGAGCCAACACGUAUGGCGUAACUUCAUCCAGCUUGCUGAUGAGCCUUGGCUUCGCGGCCACAUGGUUGGCAGUACCGUACUGUUACCUGGGGCCGGACUGGUGAGCAUGGCACUCGAGGGAGCACAGCAGCUGGUGGAGCCAGGCAAGAGAGCCCGAUCCCUCAGGCUUCGGGAAGUCUCAUUCUUUGCCGCUAUGGCACUUCCUGAGGAUGUAUCGACGGAGGUCAUCAUGCACAUGCGGCCGCAUCUUAUUGCAACAUCAGGUUCAACACCAGCCUCCUGGUGGGAGUUCACCAUAUCAUCAUGUGUGGGCACGGAUCAAUUGAGAGAUAACUGCCGCGGCUUGAUAGCCAUUGACUACAUUGAGACCACUAGUGACCAAAUGGCCGACGAGAACGCCAAUUUUGAUGCCGCUAGGAUUGCUGACUACCACCGCGUCAGCAAGGAGCCCUCUGAUACUAUAUACAAAGGAGACUUCUACAAUCAAUUCGCAAAGACGGGCUGGCGGUACGGCGAACCCUUCCAGGGUGUUGAAAGAGCACAUCUUGGCGAUGGCCAGACAACAUAUGACGUGAAGCUGGUCGACAUUGGCGAGACAUUCAGCAAAGGCCAGUCAGACCGCCCAUUCCUUAUUCAUGGGGCAGCACUUGAUUCUAUCCUCCAGGGUAGUAUUGGCAGCACUUACAAGCAUCGAAGGUUCGAGUUCACCAAGCCACUCUUACCCACUUUCAUCGGAGAGCUGGAGAUAUCCCUCGACAUUCCCUCGGAUGUUGGCUAUAUCUUGCCAAGCGUGUGCGUAUCUAAGAAGCACAGCUUCAACGGAUUGUCCUCAAAUAUCUUCACAUUCGAUGAUUCGCUUUCCAAGGUCUACUUGUCCGUCACCAACUUCCGGCUUUCGGAGCUGGAAGACAGCGCAGGCAAGCAAGUUGGCCCGCAGGUUGAGGUUGACCCUGCCGAGAUCACCUCUGAAAUCCGCUGGAACUACGGCCUUCAAGUCAUGAAGCCAGAAGAAAUCAGCAAGGUCAUAUCUGUAGCUUCGCAAGAAAAUAGGGCUGCUGAGCUUAUCCGCAUGUACCUCCACGAUAACUCGGCGGCUACUGUGAUCGAGCUCGUGUCAGAUUAUGAGAUGCUUGCACAAACGACCAUGUCGCUGCUACCCAGUGGGAUCAUUCUACCAAGCCAUAUCAAGUAUGCUGUGACAGGCAGCAACAAGGAUGUGAAAAAGAAUGAAAACUUAAACAUAGUUGGAGCCGCAUUUGCACUGGGUAGCUUGGAUGACCCUUUGCCUGCAGACAUCCCUCCAGCUGAUUUGCUGGUCAUUCCUCAGUUUUUCGGCACUCUCGGGGAUUUAGCAACAGUAUUAGAUCGUUUAUCUGGCCUGAUCAAAGGUGAUACAGCUGUUGUCCUCGAUGUCAAAAGCAAUCUGAAAGAAGCAGCAUCUGUCCUAGAGGCCAGGGAAUUCCGUCGCAUCUUUGAAGUUGAAGGCUCUGAAAAUUCCGUGGCAUUGUACAAGCGACACCAGAUUGGGCAUACUAACGGCACAUCGGACAAACGCGACUUUGUCGUAAUUGAGCCAUCAACAUCUUCCAGCGGAAUCCAAUCCUUCUCCGGCGUGCUACGUAAGGCUCUCAGUGACCAAGGCUACGGUGUAUCAACCACGACGUGGGGUGAAAUUAGUACCAGAGCCGCCAAUGAGAUCGAUGGCAAGACAUUCAUAUCUCUUCUAGAGCUCGAGCAGGCGAUGUUGUAUAAUCUAUCUGAGUCAGACUUUCACAGUAUCAGAAAGCUCAUUCUGAAUUGCGAGCGCCUCCUCUGGAUAAACUGUGGCGACGACCCGGCCAUGGCCGUAAUCGACGGCCUUGCGCGAACAAUGAGGAGUGAGCUUGCAAGCAUCAAGUUUCAGGUGUUGCAUCUCAGUGGCUGGGAGGCGGCAUUACAACAUGGGCCAUCUCUCGCAGCUCGCAUCGUGACUUCGGAUACUGCGGAUAGCGAGUUUCAAGAGCGAGGCGGCCUUCUCCAAGUCUCUCGCAUAUUCAACAGUUUGGAAGGAAACGAAAGGGUUCGCGAUUGCCUUGAGGAUACCGUUCGCACCCAGUCUCUGACCCACCAGGAUGGCCUCAGACUUACGAUUGGCAAGCCUGGUCUCUUGGAUACGCUAACUUUCAUCAAUGACGACCGCAUGGAGGUUCCGCUUGGGGAAACGGAAGUCGAGGUCGAAGUGAAAGCAACAGGGGUCAACUUCAAAGAUGUCAUGGCGUCCAUGGGUCUUGUCGAAGUCUCCCUGAUAGGCCAGGAAGCAAGUGGGAUUGUCGUAAAGGCGGGCAUUAUAGCUUCUAAACGGUUCAAGCCUGGGGACCGCGUUAUUCUGCUCGGAGAUGGGAUGCACGCAACCAAGCUCCGAAUCGACCAUCGCCUAACUGCGAUGAUUCCCGACAGCAUGUCCUUUGAAGAAGCAGCAGCCCUACCGAUGGUGCACGUAACAGCAUACCACGCUCUCGUUAACAUUGCCAGGCUUCGAGCGGGCCAGUCUGUAUUGAUUCACGCAGCUGCUGGCGGAGUCGGACAAGCAGCGUUGCAGCUGGCUGCACAACUGAAUCUGAAGGUCUAUGCGACAGUAGGCAGCGAGGACAAGCGAAAACUAGUGAUGGACAAAUACAAUGUUCCUGAGUCGCAGAUCUUCUACUCGCGGGAUGCCAGUUUUGUCAAAGCUAUGAAGCGAGUAACAGGGGGGCGUGGCGUAGACUGCGUUCUGAACUCGCUAUCGGGUGAGCUCCUGCGUGCUUCCUGGUCAUGUCUCGCAACGUUUGGAACCUUCGUCGAGAUCGGGCUCCGUGACAUCACGAAUAACAUGCGCCUGGACAUGCGUCCGUUCAGCAAGAGUACCACGUUUGCAUUCAUCAAUAUAGCCAACUUUUUCACUGAAGACCUGGAUGCCGUGGGCAAGACCAUGGAGGACGUCUUUAAACACGUCCACCAGGGAAUUCUCACCACGCCGAGCCCCAUGACCGUAUACCCCGUGGGUGAGAUCGAGACGGCCUUCCGCGUAAUGCAACAAGGGAAGCAUCGUGGAAAAUUAGUGCUGUCACUCGCAAACGAUGCCCAGGCUCCUGUCUUGCGCAAGGCCAGGGAUACUCUCCGACUUGACCCCAAGGCCACUUAUCUCUUGGUCGGGGGCCUUGGAGGGCUAGGUCGCAGUCUCGCACGCGAGUUUAUUGAAUGUGGAGCGAGGAAUAUCGCUUUCAUCUCACGGUCUGGCGAUACAAAUGCCGAAGCCAGGGCGACUAUAGAUGAGCUUUGUGAACUCGGUGCACACAUAAAGGCCUACCGUGGAGACGUGGGCGACGAGAAGUCAUUCCUCGCUGCCAUGGAUCAAUGUUUGAGAGAGAUGCCUGCAAUUAAGGGAGUGAUCCAAAUGGCUAUGGUGCUACGCGACAUCGUGUUCGAAAAGAUGUCGUACGAGGAUUGGACCAUCCCCCUACGGCCCAAAGUGCAUGGCACGUGGAAUCUACACCGUUUCUUUGACCAUGAUCGACCGCUGGAUUUCUUCAUCAUCUGCUCGUCACUCUCUGGCAUCUUCGGUAAUGCUAGCCAGGCGCAGUACGCAGCUGGCAACACGUAUCAGGAUGCACUGGCGCACUACCGUCGUGCCCAUGGGUUGAGGGCUGUGACUGUCAACCUUGGGAUUAUGCGUGACGUUGGCGUACUGGCCGAACAGGGAUCUGGUAAUGUGCAACAGUGGGAAGACGUCUUGGGCAUCCGCGAGCCUGCCUUCCAUGCCCUUAUGAAGAGCUUGAUCAUCCGCCAGCAAGACGGAGAUAAUACGUGUCCCGCUCAGGUAUGCACUGGUCUGGGAGCUGGAGACCUUAUCGCCACUCAUGGUGUGGCCCGCCCCUACUGGUUCAACGAUGCUCGAUUCGGACCCUUGGCUGCGACAAGCGUAGCAGUCCAGUCAGGCUCAAGCUCUUUUGAACAAGGGGGAGCUGCAUCGCUCGAGUCUCGCCUAGCCGAAGCUGGUAGCAAGGAGCAGGCCAUUGAGAUCAUCACUGAAGCCCUGGUGAAGAAGAUAGCAGAGAUCCUGCAAAUGCCAUCUUCUGAGGUUGAUCCAGGCCGGCCCAUGUAUCGCUAUGGAGUCGACUCACUGGUGGCCUUGGAAAUAAGAAAUUGGAUCACUCGGGAAAUGAAGGCGAAUAUCGCACUCUUGGAGAUUUUAGCAGCGGUGCCGAUCAAAACAUUUGCUGGUAAUAUUGCCAAAAAGAGCAAGCUGAUCAUGGAUUCAAAAUCGUAG